AAAUAAGUCAACAAAGGAAAAACUCUCUCCUAUACUCUCUCUCUAGAUUCACUCUAGAACAAUGGCGUCGACGACUUGUGGAAGGGAGGUGCAUUACAGAGGAGUAAGGAAGAGACCAUGGGGUCGUUACGCGGCGGAGAUUAGAGAUCCUUGGAAGAAAACUAGGGUUUGGUUAGGCACUUUCGACACUCCCGAAGAAGCUGCUCUCGCUUACGACGGCGCCGCCCGUUUCCUCCGUGGCAUCAAAGCUAAAACUAACUUCCCUUCUCCUCUCUCUCUUGACCUCAACCACAUCCCUUCUCCCUCCGCCGCCGUCGCCGCCGCGGAUAACCACCACAACCAUCAACUCUGGUUCUCCGCUCCUCCUCCUCCUCCUCUUCACAUCUCCGGCAAUUACCGCCACCACGGUCUCUAUCUCCGAACCAGAGUGCUUAACGACAGAACCUCGGAUUCCCCCUCUACAGAAGCGCCGUUUUACUUCACCGUCUCGCCUGCCGCAGCUACGUCAUCGCCUCGAGCGCUUGAGUUAAUGAGUUCUUCUCCUUCCUCCCCUACGGUGAGACGUGGCUUAGCCAUUGAUCUCAACGAGCCGCCGCCCCUUUGGCUGUAAAAAAGACAAUGAAGGCGGAGAUUAACGGCGCCGUUUGCAACACUUUCGGCGGAACUAGUUUAUUUUUUUGUAACUUUAGUUUCUUUUAGCAAAAAUCUCUUAUUUUUUUAGAGUCGUACGUGUAGUUUUCUUUUCAGUUUGUCUUUUUUGGCUUAUGUAAGAAUGUAGAUUGAUUG